CGCAAAUGCUCUCGCUUCACGCUCUCCCGCUUCCCGUUUAAAAGUCCACUUUGUACUUUCAAGGUGCUUGGUCUGGUGGCAAGUAUUAACGUGCCAAAAGAACGACUUUGACAGUCUACCUGCACAGCAAGGGUUCAUUAAUUGGUGUUAGCGACGGACACAACCUCCAGGAAGUUCCCCAAGAAGGCAAGCGAAUGCGGUGGUCGGGGCAUAUUUGUAGUGGAACGUUUCGUCGCGAGGAUAUUGCAGGAUCGAGAAGGAGGGAACGAGAGGAGAAGAAAGCUAUCCGGUGUAAUCUGAGUCUACCUGCAGAAAACUUCCCUUCCAGUCCCCUUUGUAAUUUCCAGGUUCUUCGUCCGGUGCCAAGUAUUAACGCGUCAGAAGAACGACUUUGAUGGAGUCUACCUGCACAAGUAGGGCUUAUGAAUUGGUGUAGCGACGGACACAACACAACCUCCAGCAAGUUCCCCAGAAGCGAGCGCGGUGAUCGGGGCAUAUUUGUAGCGGGACGUUUCGUCGCGAGGAUAUUGCAGGAUCGAGAAGGAGGGAACGAGAGGAGAAGAAAGCUAUCCGGCGUAAUCUGAGCCUACCUGCAGAAAACUUCCCUUCCAGGAUUCAUAAGGAAGGAACGAAAGGAGAAAAAAACUAUCCGGAACACUCUGGAGUCUACCCGCAACAAACUUCCCUGCUAGGAGUUUGGGAUUUGCCAGAAAUCAGGUGUUAUUGCAGUUUAGAGUUCAAACCUCCUUCAUUAACAAGAACGAAUCAACCCUUUGAAAUAACCCGCCACAUCUCCACUUUUCAUCAGCACGACGAUCUCUUUCAUGGGAAACUCUCCUUCCUCCAGCAAGAAGAAGGGUUCCGAUGGAAAACAAAAGGGAAAGAGCAUGAGGAAGCCGAUGAAUAUUCGUGGCCAUGAACACCGACUAAUUUAUCAGGAACAGGAAAAAAGUGGCAGUGAGUACCAGUGCGAAGGGUGCCAACAACCAGGGUUUGGGCCCUAUUACUUGUGCGAGGAGGGCUGCAAUCUCCAUUAUCACCCGUGCUGCAGCAAACUUUUAAGUUCGGACCCCUCUGAGUCCUCCUCAGCCGCUGCUGUUGGCAACCACCAUCCCUAUCCGACUGGGGAUCUCGUGUUAAAGGAGAGGGCGCCACGAAAAGCGCGGUGCUGCGUCGCAUGUGGAGAGGAAGUCCGGAUGCUCAGGUACAAAUGGCGGCACAAGAAGGCACAUGGCUCGCGCAAUCCUUACUGGCGCCUCUACUACCACCUAAAUUACCGUGCCUUCCACCCACUCUGCGCGUCACUCCCUGCGUCACUCCCCGUGCAGAUAGAAGAGACUGGUGAACAUGAGAUCGUGCUGCAGCUCAAGGAGAGGAUCCAAGGCGAGUGCCUCAUAUGCAAGCGCAAUGCCAAGGGAUGGGCUUACAACUGUACCAGCAAGAAAUACAGUUGCCACGUUUGGUGUAUGAAGAAGGAGAUUAUAGAGCGUCUGCAGCAGGAGGAAGCGUCACGAGAGAGCAAAGUGACUAUCUACGUGAAAAAAGCGUUGCGGCAGAUUCUAGUAAAAUUGGCUUUUCGGCUCAUCAUCGAAGCCUUCUUCGCGUUCCUGUGAGCAAACCUGGCAGACAUUGUCGGACAGCUUUUCGAUUUCACCUAUGAUCGCGUUACCAGCUCCUAAGUUCAGAAGGAUGCAGAUCUUUUUAUUUUGCACAGUGCUUUUCUCAAUGUUUCGCUAAAUCUCAAUCGUUAAUAAAGACGAUAUUUUCCCAAGACAACGAAUGAAGUUUAA